CGGGUGGCGCCCGCGGGGCCGGGCGGGCCGGGCCGGCGCAGGCGGUCCGUUGCAAGGACGCCGCCCUCCCCGCCCGCUUCGGACUCUCGGGGGAGUCUCCUAGGGAGCCGGCCGGCGAUGCUUAAAUAGCCCUCUGCCCGUUUGGCUCUUUGCAGACGACUUUUCUUUCUGCAGAGCAUCGCGUUCUGACUUUAGACCCCCGAAGAGGAAGUACUUCUGAAGUCAGGGUCUCGAUGGGUCCUGAAGUACAGACCAUAUGGUCAAGGGCACCUCCUCCAUGAGCUUCCUGUGCUCUCCAAGGGGACUUCAUGAGAAUGCUCAGAUUUCUUCCCAUUUCACUUGGGCCUGAACUUCAGGGGUAGAUGGGUCUUUGAAUUUGAUGACCCUCCAAGAUCCCUUUCAGUACCAAGAUCUUUGUCAUGUUCAGUCUCUACAGCUCAGCCUCCGACCACUUUCUGCUCAGCCUUGCACAUGGCGGCCUCCAAGGUGGUUACGCUCUCGGUGCUCAGCCGGGAGCAGGCGGAAGGGGUCGGAGCCCGGGUCCGCAGAAGCAUCGGCCGACCUGAGUUAAAAAACCUGGAUCCGUUUUUACUGUUUGAUGAAUUUAAAGGUGGUAGACCAGGCGGAUUUCCUGAUCACCCACACCGAGGCUUUGAAACAGUGUCUUACCUCCUGGAAGGGGGUAGCAUGGCCCACGAAGACUUCUGUGGACAUGCUGGUCAGUUGAACCCAGGAGACCUACAGUGGAUGACCGCCGGCCGGGGCAUCGUGCACGCCGAGAUGCCCUGCUCGGAGGAGCCAGUCCAUGGCCUACAACUGUGGGUGAAUUUGAGGAGCUCUCAGAAGAUGGUGGAGCCACGCUACCAGGAACUGAAAAGUAAAGAAAUCCCUAAACCCAGUCAGGAUGGUGUGACUGUGGCCGUCAUUUCGGGAGAAGCCCUGGGAGUCAAGUCCAAGAUUUACACUCACACACCAACCUUAUAUCUGGACUUCAAAUUGGACCAAGGAGCAAAGCAUUCCCAGCCUAUUCCUAAAGGGUGGACAAGCUUCAUUUAUACCAUAUCUGGAAAUGUAUAUAUUGGGCCUGAUAAUGCGCAGCAAAAAAUAGAACCUCAUCACACAGCCGUGCUGGGAGAAGGUGACAGUGUCCAGGUGGAGAACAAGGAUCCUGAGAGAAGCCACUUCGUCCUGAUUGCCGGAGAGCCAUUAAAAGAACCAGUUGUCCAACAUGGUCCAUUUGUGAUGAACACAGAUGAAGAGAUUUCUCAGGCCAUUCUUGAUUUCAGAAAUGCGAAAAAUGGCUUUGAAAGAGCCAAAACCUGGAAAUCAAAGAUUGGAAACCAGUGACAAGCACGAGGGCAGGUCUGGCUGCCUUCUAGAAUUUUGCCAUUUGUGGCAUCCACCCAUUCGACACGUCCAAUUUCCAAAGCUGGCUUCGCCAGUGCUUCUCAAGAAUUUCACUCUAAAGUGAUGAUAUGAUUUCUAUAGCAAUGUAUGUGAGCUAUUUCCUGGCACAAGCAAAUAAACCUAAUUGUUGCUUCUUUAAAAA